AUGGGUAAACCUAGAGGUAGCAACACUGCGAAGACGAAAGCCGGCGCCGGGGCCAACAACGGCAGCAACACAAAAUCAACCACUCUUUCCACCCCCAAUGUACCCCCCGCUUGGCCCCAGUUUAAGCCACCGUUGCCUGUUACCGACCUGGUUCCCGACAAGCUCGACUCUUGUCCCGACAAGAUCGUUCUGAUCCGCAACUUCUGGCCAAAAUCCCUCUGCAGUUCAUAUGUCACCUUCCUUAGGGGCCUGCCGCUGAUCACCACCCCUGGGCGGCCCAAGCGGGGAGAAGCGGUUAGGGUGAACGACCGUUUUCAAGUGCAGGAUGCCGGAUUUGCUCAACGCCUCUGGACCGAGACUGGGCUGCGCGAAUCGCUGGGCCAAGAAGACAUUCAGGGUUUGUGGGGUGGUGAGGUCGUCGGCCUGAAUCCCAACAUUCGCAUCUAUCGCUACUCCAAGGGGCAGUAUUUCGACGCACAUUGUAAGUCUCAAUAA